AUGGCCAAAUCGACGAGAAGGCAGGUGGAAAAGAUUGCCGAACCUAUUGAGAAGCCCGAGGAGCAGUUAGAGCUUGAAAAUUCCAGCUCCUCCGAGAGCGAAUUAGAAGGUUUAUCUGAGGCCGAAGAUGCGAACUCCAGUGAAGAAAAUGGCGAUUUGGCACUUGAAGACGAAACCAAGAACACAAACGAGCAUACAGUGAAGAAGCUCGUUCAGUCUUCGAAAAAAGAUCAGAAAAAGCUCAAGGGAUCUCAAAAAACUGAAAAUUUGUCGGGAAUCAUCUAUGUGAGCAGACUGCCUAAGGGAUUCCACGAACGGGAACUGUCGCGGUAUUUUGCUCAGUUUGGAGACCUUAGAGAGGUGCGUCUGGCACGCAACAAGAAAACCGGGAAUAGCAGACAUUACGGGUUCGUGGAGUUCGUCAACAAAGAGGACGCAGUCGUGGCCCAAGAGACCAUGCAUAACUAUUUGCUGAUGGGACAUCUACUGCAAGUAGUGGCACUUCCCAAGGGUAAGAAGAUCGAAAAGCUGUACCGAUACAAACAACGGGCGUUGCAACAGACCCCAGUGAAGAAAACUGGUGCCGAGCUUAAACAACGGGCACAAGACAGACACACUGAAAGAGAACAAAAACUCAAGGCUAAGGGCAUUGAAUUCCAAUGGUAG